CACAUAGCCUAUUUCAACAGUUGCCAAGAUGAGGUCGGUUGAAUUACUGGUGCUCCUCUGCUGCUCCUUCUGGCUUAUGAUCGGGGGGAGUAUCUCGGUGAGCAACGACGCCUGGCUACGUCCUGGUUGCCAUAAAGUUGGAAAUACGCGAAAAAUGUCCAUCCCGGAUUGCGUGGAGUUUAUCAUAACGACCAACGCGUGCCGUGGAUUCUGCGAAUCCUACUCGGUACCCUCCGUUUCCUGGACAGGAGCAUCGACGGCUGCUUUAUUCAAGCCACCCAAGCCAGUUGUGAGUGUUGGCCAAUGCUGCAAUAUGAUGAAGUCAGAGGAGAUACAACGCCGCGUGUUAUGCAUUGAAGGAAUUCGAAACGUUACAUUUAGAAGUGCAGUGUCCUGCAGCUGCUAUCACUGUAAAAAGGAUUAGGAGCAAGUAGAAAGUGCCUGAGCCAUUUAUUAAUACGAUUACCUUCCUACAUAAUUAAAUAUGAAAAAAAUUA